CGCGCAGGCCCGGGGGGAGGGGGCGGGGCCGGGUCGAGAGCGCGGCGCGCGCAGGCUGGGAGCCGGAGCGGCCGGUGGCGGGUCCGGGUAGCGGCCCUCCCCCCGCUGCCGCCAUGAGCUUCCUGAUCGACUCCGGCAUCAUGGUCACCUCCCAGGUGCUCUUCUUUGGAUUUGGAUGGCUGUUCUUCAUGCGCAAGCUAUUCAAAGACUAUGAGGUGCGACAGUAUGUGGUGCAGGUGGUCUUCUCUGUGACCUUCGCCUUCUCCUGCACCAUGUUUGAACUCAUCAUCUUUGAGAUCCUGGGGGUGCUAAAUAGCAGUUCCCGGUAUUUUCAUUGGAAACUGAACCUGUGUGUGAUUUUGCUCGUCCUAGUCUUCAUGGUGCCUUUUUAUAUUGGCUACUUCAUUGUGAGCAAUAUUAGACUAUUGCAUAGGCAAAGGCUGCUCUUUGCCUGUGUUGUUUGGUUGACAUUCAUGUAUUUCUUCUGGAAACUGGGAGAUCCAUUUCCUAUCCUCAGCCCAAAACAUGGAAUCCUGUCCAUAGAGCAGCUCAUUAGCCGAGUGGGUGUGAUUGGGGUGACACUCAUGGCUCUGCUUUCUGGAUUUGGUGCAGUUAACUGUCCAUACACAUACAUGUCCUACUUUCUCAGGAAUGUGACAGAUGCAGAUAUUCUAGCCCUGGAGCGCCGUCUCCUACAAACCAUAGACAUGAUCAUCAGCAAGAAGAAAAGAAUGGCAAUGGCCCACAGGACCAUGUUCCAAAGAGGGGAAGUGCACAACAAACCCACCGGCUUCUGGGGAAUGAUAAAAAGUGUUACCACAUCAGCCUCUGGCAGUGAAAAUCUGUCCCUUAUCCAGCAGGAAGUGGAUGCGUUGGAAGAGCUGAGUCGGCAGCUUUUCCUGGAAACUGCUGACCUGCAUGCAACUAAGGAGAGAAUAGAAUACUCCAAAACUUUCCAGGGGAAAUACUUUAAUUUCCUGGGUUACUUUUUCUCCAUCUAUUGUGUCUGGAAAAUCUUCAUGGCAACCAUCAAUAUCGUAUUUGAUCGAGUUGGGAAGACUGAUCCAGUCACAAGAGGAAUUGAGAUCACUGUAAAUUAUCUGGGAAUCCAGUUUGAUGCUUCCUGGACCAGAUGCAGAAGGAGGAAGGGUAAUAAUAGAGAGCACAGCAGAGACAGGCUCCCUGAUCUCAGUUUAGGUGUCUGGACCUCAGGAUGGAUUGAUUUAAAUCAAGGUAAAAUUCUGGUCUCAGCACAUUUCCUUUAUCCUCGUUGGAAUAAUCAUCGUCACCUCCAUCAGAGGCUUACUGAUCACACUCACAAAGUUCUUCUAUGCCAUCUCCAGCAGCAAGUCCUCCAAUGUUAUUGUUCUGCUGUUGGCACAGAUCAUGGGGAUGUACUUCGUCUCUUCUGUGCUCCUAAUCCGGAUGAGUAUGCCCCCGGAGUAUCGCACUAUCAUUACAGAAGUCUUGGGGGAGCUGCAGUUCAAUUUCUAUCACCGUUGGUUUGAUGUGAUAUUCCUGGUUAGCGCUCUCUCCAGCAUCCUUUUCCUCUACUUGGCACAUAAACAGGCCCCAGAGAAGCACAUGGCGCUCUGAAUCCAUUCCAGUUCUGCCCACUGUUCUAUAAUCCCUUCUGGUGGACUACUGCAACUCAUUAGGGGUGACAGGAUUUGGACAGAGGGAGGGCAGCUCUUUCUGUGCUCUGAUGAUGUAAUUGGCCCUUCUGACUUCCACAGUUGCACUUAGAAGCUAUAUGGCUCAUUCUGUGAAGAGGGUGCCAUGAGCUGAACAAACAGCAGAGGCAGGAGAAAAGUGGAGGACAGCUGAGAGCCACGGAAUAGGAAACUCCAUGGGACAGGUGUGUCUUAUGGUAUUGAAAAAUCUGCCAAGGAUGGUAUGAAGAGAGACCUCUUAAAAUCACAGGUAGAAGAAUUCUGCGUAAAGGACACCGAGGAAACGUGAUUUCAGUUUAAAAACAAAUCAGUCUUAAUCCAGAGUUGGACGGUGUUGAUUCUGGAUCUGAAUGUCUGAGUCUGUGAAAUUAAAUCAGCUUUCGUAAUACCUCA